AUGAGAAGAUUAGGAAAUAAUAUAGAAGAAUACAAACAAAAUAUUAUAUGCUAUAUUGGACACGUUCCAGGUAAAUAUGGAGUCGGUUUUCUUAUUAAUAAAAAACUCAAGCCAUAUAUUGAAAGUUUUGUAGGAUUAUCAGACCGUGUAGCCUCUCUAAAUUUAAAUAUCGAAGGGCAAAAAUUUACUAUUAUUCAAGUGUACGCACCUACAGAAGCUGGGAGUGAAAGCGAUGUAGACGAUUUCUAUAAAUCCAUCGAAGACGCAUUAAAGACAGCUCAUAAGAACCUCAUACUAAUGGGAGAUUUUAACGCAAAAAUAGGACAUCCCCAAAAGGAAAAAUCUUUAGUCAUGAAAAAAUUCGGAUAUGGAAAACGUAACGAUCGAGGGCAAAGGCUGAUAGAUUUUGCAUUUGAAAACAAACUAACAAUAAUAAAUACCUGCUUUAAGAAAAAACCUAACCGAAGAUGGACCUGGAAAUCUCCGAACGGAAGUUAUAGAAAUGAAAUAGACUUCAUACUAUCAAACCAGAUAAACAUAUUCCAGAAUAUUGAAACUAUCAACUUAAACUACCCAUCUGAUCAUAGGCCAUUACGUGCAACUAUACAGCUUAAAAAACAAAAGAAAAGCAGAGCCAAUUACACAAAGAACCACAAAAUCGUUCUAAAAAGUGAAAAUGCAAUCAGUAAGUAUAAAGAAAUUCUCUCAACCAAACUCUUAAAUGUAGAAACAACAGAUAUGUCAGUGCAAACUUAUUACGACAACUUAAUAAAUAUAAUCACAGAUAGUUUAAAAAGAGCACACAAAGUGGACCAAACUAAAAAAACAGACAAAAUAUUAUCAGAACAAACAAAACAACUAUUAACUCGACGAAAAGAACUACAAAGAAUGAAAAACAAAACCCGCGGUGCGAAGAAUGAAAUAUCGGCGCUUUACAAACUUGUCAAUAAGUAUAUAAAAAGAGAUUAUGCAAAGUACAGACAAUUUUUUUUUAACAGAAAAAUACCUCGAACAAAGCGGUAG